CCUGGGGAGACUUUUCCGCUCCAUGACGACCGCUACGAGGAAUUGUAAAACCUCUGUUGUAAAAUUUGUGUAACUCCUUUCUUGUCACGAUACACCCCAGCCUUCAUUUUCAGUAGCCUUUUUUUUUUCUUUUUAUCCUGAUACCCCAUAUUUUCUGGCUUGACCUGUAGCUUCUGGUUCCCGCGCUUGCGCCUACCCCCCAACCCCAUAUCGUCUUUCUCUCUGCCGCCAAGAUGCCGUCCGCCGCCAUGUGCAUGAGGAUCCUGAGGGCGCACUCCAAGUAUGGAUCGAAUCAUGCCGCCCUCCUCGCCCGUUCCUUUUCAGUCACCACAAGGCGGUCCAGGAUCGACAAGGUAGUCCCGUCGGCCGCUGAGGCGCUCAAGGACAUGGAGUCGAACAAGAUUGUGCUCUGCGGUGGUUUCGGCCUGUCGGGAGUGCCGGAUACGCUGAUCGACGAGGUGGUUAAGAAGCCGGAAGUCAAGGGCCUCACGGCGGUCUCCAACAACGCCGGCACCGAUUCGAGCGGCCUCGGCAAGCUUCUCAAGACGGGUCAGGUCAGCAAGAUGAUUGCCUCUUACAUUGGCGAAAACAAGACGCUCGAGGGCAUGUACCUGACGGGCAAGGUCCAGCUCGAGCUGACCCCCCAGGGUACCCUGGCAGAGCGCUGCUCUGCCGGCGGCCGAGGCAUCCCAGCCUUCUACACGCCCGCUGGCCUAGCGACUGUUGUGCAGACGGGUGAGCUUCCUCUGCGCAACAACCCCGACGGCACCCCCGCCGAGUUCUCUAAGCCCAAGGACGUCAAGGUGUUCAACGGCAAGCCGUACCUGCUUGAGGACAGCAUCGCUGGCGACUACGCCUUUGUCAAGGCCUGGAAGGCCGACAGGCUUGGCAACUGCCAGUUCCGCCUGUCUGCGCAAAACUUCAACGGGGCCAUGGGCCGCAACGCCAAGAUGACCAUCGUCGAGGCCGAGCACAUCGUCGAGCCGGGCGAGAUCCCGCCCGAGGCGGUGCACCUGCCCGGCAUCUACGUCAAGCGCGUGGUGCAGAGCACUGCAGAGAAGAAGAUUGAGAAGUACACUUGGUCCAAGGACGAGUCCGACCCGGACGCGGCCGACAAGGCCACCACGGCCAAGGCGGCGCUGGGCACUGGUGACUCGGCCGCCAAGCGUGAGCGCAUCGUGCGCCGCGCGGCCAAGGAGUUCAAGAACGGCAUGUACGCCAACCUGGGUAUCGGCAUGCCCAUGCUGGCCCCUUCGUUCGUCGCCGACGACGUCACCGUCCAGCUGCAGAGCGAGAACGGCAUCCUGGGCCUGGGCCCCUACCCGCGCAAGGGGGAGGAGGACCCCGACCUGAUCAACGCCGGCAAGGAGACGGUGACGCUCAAGCCGGGCGCGGCCGUCUUUGGCAGCGAGGAGAGCUUCGGCAUGAUCCGGUCCGGACGCAUCAACCUCACCAUCCUCGGCGCCAUGCAGGUCAGCGCUGGCGGCGACCUGGCCAACUGGAUGCUUCCCGGCAAGGUCAAGGGCUUCGGCGGCGCCAUGGAUCUGGUCAGCAACCCCAGCAAGACAAAGGUCGUCAUCACCAUGGAGCACACGGAUCGCAAGGGCAACCCCAAGAUUAUGAGCCAGUGCGCGUUCCCGCUGACUGGCAAGUCGUGUGUGUCGAGGAUUAUUACUGAGCUGGGUGUAUUUGACGUUGACUUUGCCACCGGCCUCACCCUGGUCGAGAUUGCCGACGGCGUCACCGUCGACGAGGUCAAGAGCAAGACCGGUGCGCCCUUCAAGGUUGCAGAGGACCUGAAGCCCAUGUUGUAAAUGCGGCUAGUACUGCGAGGGGAGGAUAUGUGGUGAUUUGGUAUGGUCACGCGGUGGGCGGAACUAUUGAUCUGGGUGUGUUGGAUUCAAGCGUUUGCUUGGUUCUGUAGACGUAAAGUAUAUACGGGGUGAUUGCACAUAUUAGGCGUCUGUUGCAUCUAUUUAUAAUUUUUACAGGUCACUCGUGCACUUUUCCCCUUAAACUAUCA